CGAGCAAGUCAGCGAGUGUGUUUGAAAUGUCUUCAAAUAUUUCGUACAUCGUGGUGAGUAAGAUUCUAUGAGGAAAAUCAGCUUUUAUUCGUUUGAAUGGGUUUAGCAUACAACAAAAUAGAACAGAAAAUAAAGUUUUCGCAUGAUAACGAAAUAUCGAAUCUUAAUAAAACUUUUUCAGUUUAAACAUAUUAACAGUUUUUCUUUUGCUCGGUUACAGGUGUUGUGCCUUCUUUAUGGCGUCCUCAUCAAUCUUCCACCAGCUCUCACGCUGCAGUGCUACGCCUGCUUAGAAUACCCGGGUUCACAGGAUUCUUGCGCCGGUGCAUCCGUCGUCCAAUGUCCAUCUUUCUUCGACUCUUGCAUGACAAUGGUCGCCUCGGCCGAGUACUAUGGCAUGCAAUACACAACGACUGCUAAAAACUGUUCCUCGUCUAUUUACGGUUGUGAUGAGUCGGUCAUGUGUGGCUACGUGCAAACUUCAGUGUCUGGCUCUGGUGGGAGCUUAAAGAGUUGUUCCCUGAGCUGUUGCUCUGGAGAUCUUUGUAACUAAUGGCUAGGUGUGUACUUUUCUUAAGAUUUUCUUGCAUUUCAUAAUGAGAUGAAAUUUGUUGGGUUUAUCGCUUCUGUCCUGCUACUGCUUAGAGCCAAUGCGCUUCUGAAUCUCUGAGUUGAUAUCACAUUUUGCUCUUUCUUAGGGGAUGGAUGAACGACAGCAUUCUCAAGACAAAAUUAAGAUGAAGAUGAAAAUAAAUGUCCU